CCAAGCAAGAGGCUUUUCUUCCUCCCUCUGCCACAUAUGUAACAUUUCUCUAGUCAUUCUCUGAAUUAGACUAGACAAUUCCACUUGAAUUCUCUUUCCCUCUCUCUCCAUCUCUCUCUGUCUCUCUCCAUCUCUCUCGUCUUUCUCUCUCUGAUACAUUUUAUUUUCCCAGGUUUUAAACUUUUAGGAAAACUGGAACACCUUCCAAAGGAAAUGGCUAUGGACAGCAGUGGGCCAAAGGUGCUAGAAACAGCAGAAGAGAUCCAGGAGAGGCGUCAGGAGGUGUUGACUCGGUAUCAGAGGUUCAAGAAGUUGGUUGCUGAGAAGGGCCAGAAACUUGAAGAGUCCUAUCACUACCAGGUUUUCAGAAGGGAUGCAGAUGACCUGGAGAAAUGGAUUUUGGAGAAACUCAAGAUUGCAGGAGAUAAGAGCUAUGAAGAUCCAACUAACAUACAGGGAAAAUACCAAAAGCAUGAAUCCUUUGAAGCAGAGAUACAAGCAAAAUCAAGGGUCAUUCCUGAGCUGGAAGAAAUCAGGAAGGUCCGAUUUGCUGAGGGACAUUUUGCCCAUGAGGACACCAAGGUCCAUCUGGAGGAAUUACGCCGUCUGUGGGACCUGCUGAUAGAGCUGACUCACGAGAAGGGCACACUCCUUCUCCAGGCCCUGAAGCUCCAGCAGUACUUGCAGGAGUGUGCUGACAUCUUGGAGUGGAUUGGAGAUAAGGAAGCCAUAGUAACAUCAGUAGAACUGGGUGAGGAUUGGGAACGCACAGAGGUACUGCAUAAGAAAUUUGAAGAGUUCCAAGUGGACCUGGCAGCUCGAAAGGGGAGAGUGGAUGGAGUGAACCAAUAUGCUAAUAAAUGUGCUGAGGAAAACCAUCCUGAGCUGCCUUUGAUUAAGUUAAAGCAGGAAGAGGUAAAUGCUGCCUGGGAACGUCUCCAUGGUCUGGCUCUCCAGCGACGAAAAACACUGUCCAAUGCUGCAGACCUCCAGCGAUUCAAAAGGGAUGUGACUGAAGCCAUUCAGUGGAUCAAGGAGAAGGAGCCUCAACUCACCUCUGAGGACUAUGGCAAAGACCUUGUUAGCUCUGAGGCACUGUUUCACAGUCACAAGGGACUUGAGCGAAAUCUUGCUGUCAUGGAUGAUAAGGUUAAGGAGUUAUAUGCCAAAGCAGACAAGCUGAAGCUUUCCCACCCUUCAGAUGCACCUCAGAUCCAGCAGAUGAAAGAGGAUCUAGUCUCUAACUGGGAGCACAUUCGUGCCUUGGCUACCAGAAGAUAUGCAAAGCUGCAGGCUUCUUUUUGGUACCAGCGUUUCUUAUCUGACUAUGAUGAACUCUCAGGCUGGAUGAAGGAGAAGACUGCUCUGAUCAAUGCUGAUGAGCUGCCCACAGAUGUGGCUGGUGGGGAAGCCCUCCUGGACAGGCAUCAGCAGCAUAAGCAUGAGAUUGACUCUUACGAUGACCGAUUUCAAUCUGCUGAUGAGACUGGUCAAGCCCUGCUGGAUGUCAGACAUGAAGCCUCUGAUGAAAUUUGGGAAAAGAUGGAAAUACUUGCCAACAACUGGGAUGCCCUCCUGAAACUGUGGGACAAGCGUCAACAUCAAUAUGAGCAGUGCUUGGACUUGCACCUAUUCUACCGUGACAGUGAGCAAGUGGACAGUUGGAUGAGUAGACAAGAGGACUUCCUGGAAAAUGAGGACCUGGGAAACUCCCUAGGUAGUGUAGAAACCCUUCUUCAGAAGCAUGAUGACUUUGAAGAAGCUUUCACUGCCCAGCAGGAAAAGAUCACAACAUUAGACAAGACUGCAACCAGGCUGAUUGGGAAUAAUCAUUAUGAUUCAGAGAAUAUUGCUGCUCUCCGGGAUGGGCUGUUGGCUCGGCGGGAUGCCCUACGUGAAAGGGCUGCCACUCGACGAAGAUUGCUGGAGGAUUCAUUGUGUCUACAGCAACUGUAUCAGGACUCAGAUGACCUGAAGAACUGGAUCAACAAGAAGAAAAAGUUGGCAGAUGAUGAAGAUUAUAAGGAUACACAAAACUUGAAGAGCCGGGUUCAAAAGCAGCAAGUCUUUGAAGAAGAACUGGCAGCUAAUGAGAUCCUACUCAAUAACCUGGAAAAAACUGGUCAGGAGAUGAUUGAGGGUGGUCACUAUGCCUCUGACAGUGUGGCUGCUCGUGUGAGUGAAGUUGCCAGCCUCUGGAAAGAACUGUUGGAGGCUACAGCACAGAAAGGGACCCAGUUAUAUGAAGCUAACAAGCAGCUGCAAUUUGAAAAUAAUGCAGAAGACCUUAAGCACUGGCUUGAGGAGGUGGAGUGUCAGGCUACCUCUGAGGAUUAUGGGAAAGGCCUGGCUGAUGUACAGAAUCUACUCAGGAAACACAGCCUCUUGGAAUCUGGCGUGGCUACUCGUCAGGAACAGGUAGACACCAUCACAGACCUGGUGACAUAUUUUGAAGAAACAGAUCAUCCUGAUGCUGGAAACAUACGGGCAAGACAGGAAUACCUGGUGUCCAGGUUUGAGGCUCUGAAGGAACCACUGGCUACCCGGAAAAAGAAGCUCAUUGACCUUCUUCACCUACAGCAGAUUUGCAGAGACACAGAGGAUGAGGAGGCCUGGAUCCAAGAGACUGAACCUUCGGCAGCUUCUACCUUCCUUGGCAAGGACCUGAUUGCCUCAAAGAAUCUUUUGAAUAGACAUCAAGUCAUCCAGGCUGACAUUGCAAACCAUGAGCCACGAAUUCACAUGAUAACCGAGAGGGGAAACAAAAUGGUAAAGGAAGGACACUUUGCUGCAGAAGAUGUGGCCUCUAGGGUAAAGAGUUUGAACGAGAAUAUGCAGUCUCUACAGGCUCGAGCUGCUAGGCGGCAAAAUGAUCUAGAGGCCAAUGUCCAGUUCCAGCAGUACCUGGCUGACUUGCAUGAAGCUGAAGCAUGGAUUAGAGAGAAAGAACCUAUUGUAGACAACACUAACUAUGGAGCUGAUGAAGAAACAGCUGGGGUACUUGUAAAGAAGCAUGAAGCCUUCCUAGUGGAUCUUAAUGCAUUUGGAAACACUAUGCAAGCUCUACGGGAUCUGGCAGAAACCUGCCAGCAACAACAGGCUGUACCAGUGAGAGGAGUAGCUCAAGAAGAGAGAGUUAUGGCUUUAUACGACUUCCAGGCCCGCAGCUCCCGAGAAGUUACCAUGAAGAAAGAUGAUGUCUUAACUCUGCUUAGUUCCAUCAACAAGGACUGGUGGAAGGUGGAAGCUGAUGGUCACCAGGGUUUUGUGCCAGCUGUCUAUGUCAGGAAACUGGCCCGUAAUGAGCUUCCUAUGCUUCCACAACGCUGGCAAGAAGAACCAGGCAACAUUACCCAGCGUCAGGAACAGAUUGAGAGCCAGUACCACUCUCUCCUUGAACGGGCAGAAGAACGCAGACGUCGUCUAUUACAACGUUACAAUGAGUUUUUGCUGGCCUAUGAGGCAGGCGAUAUGCUGGACUGGAUCCGAGAGAAAAAGGCAGAAAACACAGGCAUAGAACUAGAUGAUGUUUGGGAGCUGCAGAAAAAGUUUGAUGAAUUCCAAAUGGAUUUGAAGACCAAUGAGCCUCGACUGAAGGACAUCAACAAGGUGGCUGAUGAUCUUUUAUUUGAAGAGCUCCUAACACCAGAAGGAGCUCAAAUACAGCAGGAGUUGAACACCCGCUGGGGAUCCUUGCAGAGGCUUGCAGAGGAACAGCGCCAACUGCUGGGCAGUGCCCAUGCUGUUCAAAUGUUUCACAGGGAAGCAGAUGACAUGAAGGAGCAGAUUGAGAAGAAGUGCCAGGCCCUCAGUGCUGCUGAUCCUGGCUCAGACCUGUUCAGUGUUCAGGCCCUUCAACGACAGCAUGAGGGAUUUGAGAGAGACCUUAUACCGCUGGGAGAAAAGGUGACUAUAUUGGAAGAAACAGCAGAACGACUGAGUGAGUCCCACCCAGAUGCCACUGAUGACCUACAGAGGCAGCAAGUGGAGCUGAAUGAAGCUUGGAACAGCCUGCAGGAGCAUACAAAAGAUCGUAGGGAGAGCCUAAAUGAGGCCCAGAAAUUCUACUUGUUCCUCAGCAAGGCCAGAGACUUACAGAAUUGGAUCAGUGGCAUUGAUGGCAUGGUAUCAUCACACGAGAUGGCUGAGGACUUAACUGGUACUGAGAUCUUGCUGGAGCGACACCAGGAACAUCAUGCUGACAUGGAGGCUGAGGAUCCUACCUUCCAGGCCUUAGAAGAUUUUGGUGUAGAACUUAUAGGUAGUGGACACCGUAACAGCCCUGAAAUUAAAGAAAAGCUUCAAGCUGUCAGACUGGAGAGAGAUUAUUUAGAGAAAGCUUGGAAUCAACGCAAGAAAUUGUUAGAUCAAUGUCUGGAGUUUCAGUUGUUCCAAGGCAACUGCGAUCAGGCUGAGAGCUGGAUGGUGGCACGUGAGAAUUUCCUGAGGUCAGAUGAUCAGGGCUCCUUACACAAUCUGGAGGCCUUGAUGAAAAAACGUGAUGAUUUGGACAAAGCAAUCACUGCCCAGGAAAAGAAGAUCACUGAGCUACAACAUUUUGCUGAACAGCUCAUAGCUGAUGACCACUAUGCCAAGGAAGAGAUUGCUACUCGGCUCCAAAGGGUGCUAGGCAGAUGGAAGACUCUCAAAGCUCAGCUGAUUGGUGAGCGGACAAAACUGGGCUACUAUGCUGACCUAAAACAAUUCUAUCGUGACCUUGAGGACCUGGAAGAAUGGAUCAGUGAGAUGCUGCCCACAGCCUGUGAUGAGUCCUAUAAAGACCCUACCAACAUUCAGAGGAAAUACCUGAAGCAUCAGACCUUUGAAAAUGAGGUUCAUGGCCGUGCUGAGCAAGUACAAGGAAUCAUCAACUUGGGGAACUCUCUAAUUGAGCAGAGGGAAUUCAAUGGCAGUGGAGAGACCAUGAAGGGUCAACUGGAAGAGCUGAAGAAACGCUGGGACUACCUGCUUGAGAGAACAACUGACAAAGGGCAGAAGCUCAAUGAGGCCAGUCGCCAACAGAGGUUUAACACAGGCAUCCGAGACUUUGAGUUCUGGCUCUCAGAGGCAGAGACACUGCUGGCCAUGAAAGAUCAGGCCAGGGACUUGGCUUCUGCAGGAAACCUACUCAAAAAGCAUCAGUUAUUAGAAACAGAGAUGUUGGCCCGAAAGGAUGCACUCAGAGACCUGAAUGAGUUGGCUACUGAUCUGCUCUCCAGUGGGAUGUUCAAUGCUGACCAGAUUGUGAAGAAAAGAGAUAAUAUCAACGAACGCUUCCUAGGUGUCCAGAAUUCAGCAGCCGUACACCAUGAGAAGCUGAAAGAAGCCUAUGCCUUGUUCCAGUUCUUCCAGGACCUAGAUGAUGAGGAAUCCUGGAUAGAAGAGAAGUUGGUACGAGUGAGCUCCCAGGACUAUGGGAGAGACCUACAGGGGGUUCAGAACUUACUGAAGAAGCACAAACGUCUAGAAGGGGAGCUAAAGGCACAUGAACCUGCCAUCCAGAAUGUGCUGAAUAUGGCAGAGGGGCUGGGAGACAAGGCUGCUGUGGAGCGAGAGGAGAUCCAGGAGCGGCUGACUCAGUUUGUUCAACACUGGGAAAAGCUCAAAGAGUUGACUAAGGCUCGAGGGCUUCGGUUGGAAGAGUCCCUAGAAUACUUGCAAUUUAUGGAGAAUGCUGAGGAAGAGGAAGCUUGGAUCAAUGAAAAGGAAGAAAUGGUUGCCCAAGGGUAUUCUGGAGACACAUUGGCUGCUACUCAGAGCUUGCUAAAGAAGCAGGAAGCUUUGGUUAAUGAUUUUGCUGUCCAUGAGGCCCGAGUGCAAAAUGUGUGUGCUCAAGGAAGAGAUAUCUUGAAUAAGGAGGAAAGUGAGUACAAGGAAAGGAUUUCUGUCAAGAUAGAGACUCUGAAUGAAAAGACACCUUCUCUGGCCAAGGCCAUAGCUUCUUGGAAGUUGCAGUUGGAAGAUGAUUAUGCCUUUCAGCAGUUCAACUGGAAGGCUGACUUGGUGGAGGCCUGGAUAGCUGAGAAGGAAACAAGCCUGAAGAGCAAUGGCAAUGGUGCAGACCUCACUUCCUUCCUCACCCUCCUGGCAAAGCAGGACACGCUGGAUGUCAGUAUGCAGAGCUUUCAGCAAGACAGACUGUCCAAGAUAACUGAUCUAAGGGAUCAACUGGUGGCUGCUCAACACAGCCAGACCAAAGCCAUUGAGGAGCGCCAUGCUGCUCUGCUGAGGCUCUGGGAACAGCUUCUGGAAGUCUCUGCAGCCCACAGACAGAAAUUGCUAGAGAAACAGUUACCCAUCCAGAAGGCUGAGGAGCUAUUCAUGGAAUUUGCACACAAGGCUUCAUCUUUCAACCACUGGUGUGAGAAUGUUGAGGAGGACUUGUCAGAACCCGUGCACUGUGUCUCCCUAAAUGAGAUUCACCAGCUUCAGAAGGAUCACAAGGUGUUCUUGGCCUCCUUGGUCAGGGCCAAAGAAGACUUCAACUAUUUGCUAGAGCUAGAUCAGCAGAUUAAGACCUUAAAUGUGCCCUCCAGCCCUUAUACCUGGCUAACAAUGGAGGUGCUAGACAAGAUGUGGAAGCAAAUACAUGAUGCCAUCAAGGAACGGGAGCAGGAGCUGCAAAAUGAGGAGGCAAGACAGAUCAAGAACUUUGAGAUGUGCCAGGAGUUUGAACAGAAUGCCAGUGCCUUCCUUCAGUGGGUCUUGGAGACCAGGGCCUAUUUUCUGGAUGGAUCUUUGCUCAAAGAGACAGGAACUCUGGAAUCCCAGUUGGAAGCAAAUAAAAGGAAGCAAAAGGAGAUCCAGGUGAUGAAGCGUCAGCUGACCAAGAUUCAGGAUCUGGGAGAAAACUUAGAAGAGGCUCUGGUUCUGGACAUCAAAUACAGUACCAUUGGGUUGGCACAGCAGUGGGACCAGCUCUACCAACUUGGGAUGCGAAUGCAACACAACUUGGAGCAACAGAUCCAAGCCAAAGACACCAUAGGUGUGAGUGAGGAAACACUGAAGGAAUUUAGCACCACCUAUAAACACUUUGAUGAGAAUUUGACAGGGCGCUUGAGUCACAAAGAUUUCCGGUCCUGCCUGAGAGGACUCAAUUACUACUUGCCCAUGGUGGAGGAGGGUGAACCUGAACCAAAGUUUGAGAAGUUCCUGGAUGUCGUUGAUCCAGGCAGGAAAGGCUAUGUCUCACUGGAGAACUAUACCUCAUUCCUGAUUGAUAAGGAAUCAGAAAACAUCAAGUCCAGUGAUGAAAUAGAGAAUGCUUUCCAAGCCUUGGCAGAGGGCAAAGCCUGUAUUACCAAAGAAGACAUGAAGCAGGCCCUAACACCAGAACAAGUGUCGUUCUGUGCCUCACAUAUGCAGCAAUAUGUGGACCCACGAGGCCGAAGCCACCCUGCUGGCUAUGACUAUGUUGGAUUCACCAAUUCCUACUUUGGCAACUGAUAAGCAUCUAUUAUUGGAUUGUAUAAAAUCUUGGCAUGGCGGGAAGUAUUGGUGAAUAAAAGAGGCAGGUGAAUAAAGA